CAUUCCCAGAAAGUGCUUGGUAUAUUCCAAUUUUCAAAUUGUUUCAGUCAUCAUCCAUUAUUCUAUUCAUUUUCAUUGACUUCGCGUUCCAGCAGCAGACUGGAGCAGGUAGAAUUAAAGGACACUUUUCUUCAUCUUCAGCCAAUUCAGAGCAAUACAGUAAUGGAGGAGACAAAAGACUCUUCUCCACUACAAGGGGUAGUGAUAAUCACACUACCACCUCCUGACAACCCUUCUUUAGGCAAAACCAUAACUGCAUUUACACUCUCCGAUUCACCGCCACAUCAGCAGCAACAACGAGAACCACCACAUCAAAGCCAACCGCAUAACCAAGAAGAACAAAAUUCAGUUCCGCACCAAGAUCCAAAUACCGGCUUUCUUCAUGUUUCUUUAGAAAGAUCGUUCUUUUUCCGCCUAAAAAUCGUUCUUGGACUUCUGGGUAUCUCUCUGAUUGCCUUAUCUUUCUGGUCUUCACUCACCCAAGAGACCCUUUUCGAAUUACGUGAUGUGGAACGCGAUCGUAGUAGUUCCAUCAGUUCGUUUAUUCUUCCUUUGUAUCCUAAGCGUGGUGGUACCUGGAAUUCAAGAACGGAUGUUGAAUUCAAACUUGGGAGGUUUGUGGAUUUCAAACCGGAUAUCGUUACGGAGCGGGUCAUGAAUCAAGAAAAGAUUGUCAAGUCUGUUUCUGCUGCAACUAAGUUGGACUCUUCUGUUAAUUUUCCUGUUAGGGGUAAUAUUCAUUCGGAAGGGUUGUACUACACAUAUAUGCUUGUUGGGAAUCCUCCUAAGCCUUAUUUUCUUGAUAUUGAUACGGGAAGUGACUUGAUGUGGAUCCAAUGUGAUGCUCCAUGCACUAGUUGUGCUAAGGGAGCCCACCCAUUGUACAAGCCCAGAAAUGUCAAUAUGAUACCUCUCAAAAACCCCUAUUGUGUUGAGGUUCAAGAGAAUCUGAGAUCCAAGUAUUGUGAUAAUUGCCAUCAAUGUGAUUAUGAGAUAGAAUACGCUGACCGCAGCUCUUCUGUUGGGGUUCUUGCAAAGGAUGAGCUUCAAUUGGUGCUUGCAAAUGGGACAGGAACCAAGCCAAAUGUUGUUUUCGGCUGUGCAUAUGAUCAGCAAGGCACACUUCUCAACACUUUAGCAAGCACUGAUGGGAUCCUUGGACUUAGCAGAGCUCCAAUCAGUUUGCCUUCUCAGCUAGCGAGUCAUGGGUUAAUCAACAAUGUUAUUGGACAUUGUCUUCGCACUGAUACAAAUGGGGGCUACUUGUUCUUAGGCAAUGACUUUGUCCCACAGUGGCGGAUGUCAUGGGUCCCUAUGCUGAAUACCCCUUUUCCUAAUCUUUAUCAAGCACAAUUGAUGAAAAUGAAUUAUGGAGGCAAAGAGCUUCGAUUAGGCAGAGAUGGACAAGGUACUGUAGUGUUUGACAGUGGCAGCACUUAUACAUAUUUUACAGAUCAGGCAUACAAAGCUUUAAUGUCCAUGCUUGAAGAGAUUUCCAGUGAAGAUCUUAUCAAGGAUACAUCAGAUACGACAUUACCCAUUUGCUGGCGAGCUAAAUUUCCAGUAAGAUCUAUUGCAGAGGUUGGACAAUUCUUCAAACCUCUAAACCUUCAAUUCGGAAGCAAGUGGCGUAUCGUGUCCACUAAGCUCUUGAUUACUGCUGAAGGGUAUUUGACUUUAAGUGAAAAGGGAAAUGUGUGCUUAGGUAUACUUAAUGGAAGCAACGUUCAUGAUGGUUCUGCUAUAAUACUUGGAGAUAUUUCACUACGUGGUCAGUUGUUCGUGUAUGACAACGUUAACCAGAAGAUUGGGUGGAUUAGAUCAAAUUGUGAACGGCCAGAGAAACUUCCGAGUCUUCCAUUUUUUUGAUAGAGAACACUAUAACAACAUUUCUACAGUCAUCGCACACUGUUAUUCUUCCUAUCUAUAUGUUUGGGAAGAGACUGUAUAUAUUUGUUCUACUUUCUGAUGUAGGUAUGGUCAUAAUGUGCAUAUCCAAUUUUUUGUACCA